AUGGCAAAAAGCGGUGGCGGUGGUGGCGGUAAAAGAAAGCUAUCAAAAAAAGUAGCCAAAAAAUACACACUUCACAGAAAAUAUUACUCUGAUACAGUUCACGACUACUCUGAAUUAAAUCCAUUUAAAAGAACUUCAAAAUCCGAUAAAUAUGCCGCAAUUUCAGCUAAAGUAGCAGCUGCUAAUCAAAGAGAAAAAGAACGUCAAGAGAAAGAAGAAGAGGAGGAAAUUAUUCAAGAGAUUGGUAGUGCUGAUGUCGAUACAUUAUAUGAAGUUGGGCCAUCAGCUUAUGAUAUCUUAGUAAAAACAACUCAAGAUAAAUUAAAAGCAAGAUUAAAGCAAUUAGAAGAGGAGGAGAAAAAAGAAAAAAAAGAAAAUAGAUUAAAUAAUAAAACCAAUAAAACCAAUAAAAUCAAUAAAAUAGAAUAUAACGAAGAAGAUGAAGAUAAUGAAGAGGAGGAGGAAGAAGAAGAAGAAGAGGAAGAGGAUGCUGAAGAACAAAUCGACGAAAUGGAACAAGGCGAGGACGAAGAUGUCCAAGAAGAGGUUGAAGAAAUAGAAGAGGCCGAGGAAAUGGAAGAAAAUGAAGAAUCAAUAGAGUCAUCAGGUGAAGAAAAAGAAUUUGAGGAUGUUUAUGGUAAAAAUGAUGACAGUGGCGAAGAAGAGGAAGAAGAACAAAUAAGUCAAUUAAAAAAUGAUUCAAAAUUUGAAUCAACUAAUAAACUUGAUUAUUAUAAUGUUCAUUUCAACAGAGAAAUUUCAAAUCAAGCCGAAUUAGACGAACUAGUUAAAAAAUCUAAAUCGUUAGAAAAUGUAUCAGAAGAAAUUCAAGAUAUUGGUGUUAUUACAUCAGUUGGUUGCAUCGAUGAAUUAAAUGUUUCAACAGAUAUUUACUCACAAUCAAAUAAAAAAUCAAGUGGUAACAAUAAAUCGGUAUUACCAAAACAAAAGAAUACUUUUCAUGAAUAUGAUAUAAAGAAAAGAUUAUAUAAACCAUGGUUAAAAUCAAAAACAAAGAAAGAAAAUGAACUUUAUUUCACCAAUCUUCAAAAGCAUUUAUUCCCAAUAUUUAACGAAUAUAGAGAUUUAUUAUUUACCGAAGAGUCAAUGAAGAAUCACAAGAGUAUUUUCAAACUUUAUGCAUUACAUGCUGUUAAUCAUAUUUUAAAAUCAAAGGAUCAAUUAGCUGAAGAUAACGCCAAACAAACUCAAUGUAGACAACAAAAAUUAGAAGAGCCAGAACUCAAGCAUCAAGGUUUCACUAAACCAAAGGUUGUUAUUAUAGUACCAUAUCGUAAUACUGCUUUCGAAAUCGUUAGAUUUAUUCUCAAAUUAAUGCCACACGAAGUAAAAGAGCAAGUCGAAAAGAAAACCAAAUUUAACGAUGAAUUUACUCAAUUGGAUAAAGAGUUACAGGUCAACGAAAAUAAACCAGACGACUAUAAAUACACAUUUAGAGAUAAUAUUGACGAUUGCUUCCGUAUUGGUCUUUCAUUUAGAAAGGGUGGUCUUAAAUUAUAUUCAACUUUUUAUCACGCCGAUAUCUUAAUUGCAUCUCCAUUAGGUCUUAGACUCGUAGUAGGUACUGAAGGUGAUUCUCAAAGAGAUUUCGAUUUUCUUUCAUCUGUCGAAGUUUUAAUCAUUGACCAAAUUGAAACUAUUCUUCAACAAAAUUGGGAUCAUAUCAAAAUUUUAUUUGAAAAUAUUAAUAAAAUACCAAUCAAAGAUCAUAAUAUAGAUUUCUCACGUAUUAGAAAUUCAUACUUGGAAGGUUUUAGCAAAAAUUUACGUCAAACUUUAUUAUUUAGUUCAAUUUUAACACCAGAAUUAAAUUCAAUUUUUAACCAAAAUUGCAAUAAUAUUGCAGGUAAAAUUAGAAUCAAAAAAAUUAAAAGCGGUGAAAUUGUAAAUAUCAUUCCAUCAUUAAGACAAACUUUCCAUAGAUUAUUUUUAGAUUCAAGUGACGAUAUAACAAUUAAGUUUAACUUUUUAGUUGAAAAUAUUAUUCCAAAAUUCAAUCAACAAGGUGAAUCAAGUGGUAUUUUAUUAUAUGUUUCAAAUUAUUAUGAAUUUGUAAUGAUUAGAAAUUAUUUUAGAAAAGAAGCAAAGAGUUAUGUUUUAUGCAGCGAAUAUACAGAUACAAAAGCAAUUACAAGAGCUCGUGCACAAUUUAAAGAGGGUGUUAAAACUUUUAUGUUAUAUACCGAGCGUUUCCAUUUCUUUAAUCGUUAUAAAAUUAGAGGAGUUAAACAUGUAAUCUUUUUUGGUUUACCACAAAAUUCUCAUUUUUACUCCGAAAUUUUAAAUAUGAUUAAUGAUAAUGAUGGUUCGAUCAUUUCAUUAUAUACAUUAAAGGAUAAGUUAGCUCUAGAGGGUAUAGUUGGUACAAAUAGAUUUUAUAAAAUGAUUGAUUCUGAUAAGGAGACUCAUUUAUUCACAUCAUAA